CAGCGACUUAUAGCGGGACUGCGGCAGACAUUCUGACAUUGGGGGAAACUAACUUGGUGUCACUGACAUCCCCAGUGACACCAAUACAGUGAUCGGUGCUAAAAAAAAGCACUGACACUGUACUAAUGACACUGGGCAGGAAGGGGUUAACAUGAGGGGCGAUCAAAAGGUUAACUGUGUGCUGGGAGUGUUGUACUGGGGGGCGGUGUGUUGGUGCUUAACUGUAAGGACACUGCCAUCCAGAGCACCGAGCCGAUGGGGAGGGGGACUGUUAUUAAACAAAGUAGCCCUCCUUCCCAUCGGAGAUCCUCGGUAAUCACCGGGCGGCGGCGGGUAAUUACAGGCCGGGACCUGGUGAUUGACAGCCACGGCCGCGAAUGGCGGCACGGGUAGGGCGU